AUGUCAGAGGCCUACGAACGAGAACGGUAUUCGGUCUCCUGCCCUACUACGGCCCUCUUCUUUCUAUUAACGCUUGCCUCGGCAGACAAAACAACGACUCCCUCUCCUCCCUCCAGGCAAAAGUCUCCCAACUCCGCUCCGUAACAGUCGACAUCUACGACAAUGCACGCGACCAGUCCCUCAUCGAUUCUACCUCUGACACCUUUUCCACCAUGACCACCUCCAUCAAAGGCUCUGCUCGCAGACUAGGCGUCAUGGCAUCGCAGGGGAACAAAGUCGCAAUCUUCAAGUUGGCGGGUAUAAUAAUAGCCGCUGUGGUGCUGGUGUACUAUUUAUUGAGUUGGAUAUUUUGA